AGCUAUCGCAGUUCGCUGCUGUGCUGCUGCCAAUUGCAGACGCGAAGUUUCUUUAUUACGUUCUACCCUGCCGUGCUGCUUACGAGCAAGAUGUUGGAUGAAAAUAACCAUCUUAUUCAGUGUAUAAUGGACUAUCAGAAUAAAGGAAAGACUUCAGAGUGUUCUCAGUAUCAGCAGAUGUUGCAUACAAACCUGGUGUACCUUGCUACAAUAGCAGACUCUAAUCAAAAUAUGCAGUCUCUCUUACCGGCUCCACCCACACAGAAUAUGCCUAUGGGUCCUGGAGUGAUGAAUCAGAGUGGCGUUCCCCCCGCUCCACGUGCGCACAACAUGCCUUCAGAUGGAAUGGUAGGUGGGGGUCCGCCUGCACCACACAUGCAGAACCAGAUGAAUGGCCAGAUGCCUGGACCUAACCAUAUGCCUAUGCAAGGACCUGGACCCACUCAACUCAAUAUGACGAACAGUUCCAUGAACAUGACUUCGAGUAGCCAUGGGUCCAUGGGCGGUUACAACCAUUCCGUGCCAUCCUCACAGAGCUUGCCGGUGCAGAACCAGAUGACAAUGAGUCAGGGGCAGCCAAUGGGAAACUAUGGCCCCAGGCCAAACAUGAAUAUGCAGCCGAACCAAGGUCCAAUGAUGCAUCAGCAGCCUCCUGCCCAACAGUACAAUAUGCCACAGGGAGGCGGGCAGCACUAUCAAGGACAGCAACCACCGAUGGGAAUGAUGGGCCAGGUUAACCAAGGCAAUCACAUGAUGGGUCAGAGACAGAUCCCUCCCUAUAGGCCACCUCAACAGGGCCCACCGCAGCAGUACUCAGGCCAGGAAGACUAUUACGGGGACCAGUACAGUCAUGGUGGACAAGGUCCUCCAGAAGGCAUGAACCAGCAAUAUUACCCUGAUGGUCAUAAUGAUUACGGUUAUCAGCAACCGUCGUAUCCUGAACAAGGCUACGAUAGGCCUUAUGAGGAUUCCUCACAACAUUACUACGAAGGAGGAAACUCACAGUAUGGCCAACAGCAAGAUGCUUACCAAGGGCCACCUCCACAGCAAGGGUAUCCCCCCCAGCAGCAGCAGUACCCGGGGCAGCAGGGCUAUCCAGGGCAGCAGCAGGGCUACGGUCCUUCACAGGGUGGUCCAGGUCCUCAGUACCCUAACUAUCCACAGGGACAAGGUCAGCAGUAUGGGGGUUACAGACCAACACAGCCUGGACCACCCCAGCCCCCCCAGCAGAGGCCUUACGGGUAUGACCAGGGACAGUAUGGAAAUUACCAACAGUGAGAGUACUCACAUUCCAGUAGCCAGUACUUCCUAGCAGCCAUAUUGUCACCUCAGCACUGUGGCCGCCUCCCUGUGAAGAGAUCCUUCCAUUCCGUCUAGUUUUUUGGAAAAAUCUUGUGGAUAAGUGGCUGUUUCAUCUUCAAGUAGCCUUUGUGGUUUAGUUGUAAAGGCUUUAGUAGCUCAAAAAAUACUCUUGAUUUCACAUUUCUACUCUAGAUGGCAACAUUGGACAGAAAAUGCAAUGACAUAACUAAUUUGCAGUGAUUUUGGAACUGUGUUUCAAAUGGACUGUUACCGACUGGAAGGUGUGAACAGCUUUGUAUGUUUAUGGAGGUUAAGGGAAUUUAAUACUUUUCCACAUAUUCUUUUGUAAGGGGAUGAGGGAAAUGUACACUUUUUACAGCAGCAAUAUUUUGUAUAUUAUGUUUAUUUCAUGUGUUGAAUAUGCAAGGCGGUACACUACGCACUGGACAGAAUGGGAAAUCCUCUAUUAAUGUGGACUGAAGUGUAGUAGAUGGCCUGAUUGUUUUGGUCUCAAAAUGGUGUACAAUGAAGCUAAAGGUGAGGGAGAAGACAAAAACACACCAUAUGUCCACUGUCAUGUUCUUAUAGAGGAAACUUAAAUCCCUUUUAUCUGUCAGGUGAUGAAGGGCACUGUGAUACUGUUUUGAGUAAAAAUACAUUUUUUUAAAAGCCUUCCAGUUUUGUGGAUUAAAACCUUUUUAUAAAGAUCAUUUAUAAUACUGUUUUAAAAUGUUAAAAUGUAAGGCAAUAAGAAUUACUUUAUGUUGGAUCUGAAGAAUCUUUAGCACGUUUCAUGUAAAAAGAGUUGGAACUUUCCUUUCUAAGAUAGCAAUAACUGAAAACAAAAGUGUUCAUUUUAUCUUGUUUUAAUA